CACCGUCAACUCAUCCAUCCUGCACUCCCACAGAGCUUCAACUCGACCAGGCAGCGAGGGGAGGCGUCGGACGUGCCGCCAGGCGGGCCGGGCCGGGCCAAGUCCCCGGAGCGCAAGUCCAACCCCAAGUCCAAGUGGCGGGAGAAACAUCAGGAGUUCCUGCGGGCCAUCAGGGCGGCCAAGGGUAUCACAGAGGGCGAGGAUGGCGGCGGAGGCGCGCCCGUGUCCAACAUUCCCUCAGACUACCUCCAGUGUCCCCACUGUGAGCGGCACUUCGGCCCCAAGGCUGCAGACCGUCACAUUGACUGGUGCCGCGAGAAGAGCACCAGAGUGCCAAGGUCACCUGCCGACAACCAGGCCGUCGAGCGCCUCAAGUCUCGCACCAAGUACGUGCCCCCCAAGCCUGGCCAGAACGGAUGGAGGGCACCCAAAAAGAGUGAUGUUAUAUCGUCCAUCCCGCCGCCCAGCUCUGGUCCAACGCCCACGCCACAACCUCUGGGAGCGAGGGAGCUCAGCCCCCCUCUCGCCACCCGUCACGGCAGCCCUCCCAGGUCCUAUGGGCGUCACGGCAGCCCUCCCAGGUCCUAUGGCCGCCAUGGAAGCCCUCCCAGGUCAUAUGGCCGCCACGGCAGCCCUCCUCUGCCCUCAGGGCGCCACCCCAGCCCCCCACCCACCACCUCCUCCAGGAGAACAUCGGUGUCGUCCGGGGCCUCGUGCGGGGUGCCCCCUGGCCGGCCGGGCACCAUGUCGCUGGGGCGGGCCGCUGGCAAGCACCUCUCUUCGAUGCUCAAAUCAGUGACGGGGUGCAGCUCAGGAUAUGGGUCUUCCUCUGGAUAUGGUCACUCUUCUGGCUAUGGACAGUCGUCUGGAUAUGGACAGUCUUCCGGGUAUGGGCAGUCUGGGUAUGGACAGUCAUCUGGAUACGGACAGUCUGCAGGAUACGGGUUAUCUAGGAUGCAGGUGGGUCGGUCAUCCUUCACUUCAGGCAGCAACUCUCCGCUGGCCCACCAGAGACCCAUGAGGUCCUCCUUGCGGCGGACCUCGUCCAACACCCCCAUGGCUCGGCACCGUGACCUCGCCUCCGACAUGAUGGCCAGUGUAUGUAUUAGUGGAAGUCCCAAGCGAGGGGAACCAGAGGGCGACGAGGCCGGAGAGUCUCCUCUCGAUUACUCUCUUGCUCAACAAGAAAGUUAUUCCAAUAAAGUGGAAAAAGAAAAGAUAAAUGAAAGAAAAAAGAAAGUGCAUCAGACAGAUUUGAUAUAUCAAGACAAAUAUGAGAGAAUAAUGGAAGCCCCAGAAAAUUCAGUUAUUGUGGAUGAAGACCCAAGGUGCAGGAGGAGAGUGUGUGCAGAGGAUGACUUAAAGAAGACCCAAGAUAAGAUGAGGGAGUCUGGAGUGGGGAGAGCAGACUCUGAGGAGGAGAAAGGUAGCUAUGAUGAUGAUAAUCUCAGGGUUGACAAAUCUAGAAAGUGUUCAAAUAAUCGGCAGGAGGAGAGUGACAAUGAAAUCUUAAAUGAACUGGAAUUUAACUGUGAAAGUGAAGAAGAUAUAGAUAUACCAACGGAGGAGAACUUUCUCAAGUCAUCUACAUCUGUGAGUGGAGAUGAUGAGAAUGUGGAGACAAGUCUUGGUCGACCCAGAUCUGUACAUUUCGAAGACGAAAAGUGGGAGGGGGGGAAGUAUACAAUAAAGAAAGAAGAAUGUAGUGAAUAUAUUAAUUCGUGGGGAGAAGUUAAUAAUCUACAUGAAUCUCAUCCUUUUGCCAAGAUAGACAGAAGUUUUGAGGUGAAUGGAGAAUUGCCAUUUUCAGGUUCAAGUAGAUUACAAAAUAUCAAAAGCGCCAACAGAGAGAGCGUUAGAGAGCUUCUCCGUCGCAAGAGAGAGGAAGCUGGGGACUCUUGUGAUAAUGAUGGAAGGAGAAGACUAUCAAAUGAAAGAAAAAAUGAAGGAAAUAUUCAUAAUUUUCCACAAGAAAGAAAACAAUCAAGAUCAAGGGAAAGAAGUGAAAAAGGAGCAGGUAAUAAUAAUAGAGAGAGUGAUGGCAAGAGCAGGAGUUAUGUAAAGAUAAAGAAGAGUGUCGAGGCUGAGAACAAACAACAUGUGUCUCGCUCUAGGAGUCCUAAGAGAGAACACAGACAUCCUAAACCUAUGACUCUUAUACCAGUGAAUGGAAUUGACAGUGGUGAUGGGAUAAUCAUCUCAAGAAGAGACUAUGUCAUGUUUAAGUCACUAAUAGGAUCACAGAGUAUGGGAGGUGAGAGAGCUACUAGUGAACACAGGAAAGCUAUCGGCAAAAUGAAGAAACUUGCCCCCUCCAAGUCAGGACUCCAGAAAAGACUUGGGGACUCUCCUUAUGAUCCCUUCUCGGCAGCUGAGCUACAGAUGCAGGCACUGAUGGGAACCUCCACUUCAUCUACAAAGAAGGGUUCUAGUCUAGGGGCAGCAGCACUAGGGAUAGGAAUAUCUUUACCAGACUCAAUAAGAAUGGAUGGAACUGGUAGUGAAUCACCUGAUUUUGAGUUCAGCAUUGGGUUUGCUGAUAUAGACAAAAGUGGAUAUAAUUCAAGGGAGAAGUCCCCAGAAACAGAAUUUAGAGAUAACAGGAUAGGUGAAGGAUGUUCUGGUCAUGGCACUAGUUUGACUAAGUUAGAUCUUGAGUUAACAAAGCUUGGUUCUCCAUCACCCAAGAGAGCUUCUGAGGGCAGAUGGUCAUGGCAGUCAUCAAUAAAUAAACCACUGUCAAUUGGGUCUGCAUCUCCAAUUCUGAGAAAGGCAUCUUGGUCCACCAGGGAGACCACAUCACGAGAAGGAAACAGGUGGUCCUCGCCAGCAAGGGACUUAAUCCUUGCUCGGGAAAGUCUUUCUAAAGAUAAUCAUAGGUGUUCUACGCCAACUCGUGAUAGCCCUUCCAGGAACACUGCGUCCCCAGAUAACCAUUGUUCUUCGACCAGCAAUGAUGCUUACAACAUUUCUACCAGUGUGCAAGAUACUCACAGUGCCUUUGACACUCAUGGUUGGUCUCUCCUUCACGGUGAUCGAGCGUCUCAGAGCCUAUCUUCCCCAACUAGAAACAAAGAUGGUUGGUACUCUCCAACUCAUGGCAGUCAUAGUUCUUCCUCCCCUAACCAUGAUGCUCGUAGUUGGCACUCUCCUGCUCGUGAUUCUCGUAGCUGGUCCUCUCCUACUCGUGACAUACCUAGCCUAAUAUCCCCCACCAAUGACACACCUAGCCUAUUGUCACCCACCAGUGACGCACCUAUCCUACUGUCCCUUACCUGUGACACAUCUAGCCAAUUGUCCCCCACUCGUGACACACCUAGCCUAUUGUCACCCACCAGUGACAAACCUAGCCUAUUGUCACCCACCAGUGACAAACCUAGCCUAUCGUCCCCCAUCCAUGAAAACAACAGGUGGUCCUCCCUAGUGGGAGACACCCCUGCUGCUGCUGCUGCUGCUGCCACCCCUUCAUUCCCCACAACCAGGACCUCCACAAGCAGGUUGGAUGAUAUUUCUAAGAGAACUGGAGUCUCUGGUUGGGGUGCUGACCCAUCCCCAGGUGUUGGGUGCCAAGGGCCCAGUUACAGUCGGUACACAGGAGACAGCACCACCAGUACGCACCACAACACUUCCAAUAUUGGCUCCAACGGAUUCUCAGGAAAGGACUUGUUCUCAAGCAGAAAUACCAAUAACACUGGGUUUGAGACCUUCAGAGCCAACCAUUCUUCACAAGAUAAAGAUGAACAUUUUAGGAAAAAAGAUUUAGAUUGUGUGGAUGGCCCACAGCUGCGAGCCUCGAGCAGCUCCUCAUCAGACUCAUCUCUCCCGCCACUUUCAACCCCAUCCUCAUCUUCACCAUCUGCCACUCAUAAGGCAGACUCAGUCACUGCUUCAUCGUCUAUGCGCUUGCCAAGAUUCUGCCAUGAAUGUGGCCAUAAAUACCCUGUUCUGUUAGCUAAAUUUUGUUGCCAGUGUGGCUCCCGACGUGUGGGUGCCGAGAGCUGAGGCCAGCAGCAGAUACGUGGACCGUUGGAGAACCGAAGCCUCAGUAGUGUUUGACAAAGGAAACUACCAGCUCUUACUGAUAAAACUCCACAACACCAAGCUAUUAUUUAUUUAAUGUGGAAAGUAAUGAAAUACAGCCUACAAGAUAUAUAUAUACUACACGAAUGAGGAACAAAUAAAAUGUGAACAAACCUUUGAGAUAAAAUUACACUUAACAAAAAUUCUGCCCAUUUUCAGAAUUCAAUUUGUUGACACCAACUAGACUUUUGUUAUUUACACUUAUGCUGGUCAUUAAUUUUUCUCAGUUCUUCUAAAAAAUUUAAGUAAAAAGUACUUUUUCAUUUUAUAUUAGAGAAAUACAAAAUUGUGCAUUUAAUAAACAUACACAAUUUACUUGCUUUUAAAAAAUGUGUGUCCAAGUCAAACAUCCAAAGCAUGAAAGUGUCUCCUGCUUCCUUUUAUUGGGCAACUAUACGGUUUUUUUUUAUGCACUUCCACCUUCUGCUGGAUGGGGAGGUGAACAAUAAACUCACCUUCCCUGUUGGAGGAAAACCCUAACAGUAUACUGUAAUUAUCAGUUGGUGUUGCCAUAUUGGCUUCUGAAUAUAUCAGUGGUCAAAGCGAUCACCAAAGCUGCAGUCAUCUUGUCAGAGGUUCUGCUCGCUCUCAUGUACACACUUUCACACCUUGGAUAUGUCAUGAAAAUAUAUCUUUGUGUUUUUAAACUCUGUUCUAGUAUUAAAUGUUAAUUUUGCGUUAUAUAAUAAAACCUGCCUGCACUUAACCUUACAAUUGCAGUCUUAGGGAUUAUUUUCUUAGUAUUUUUUGCUUAUUCUGAUAUCAUUGCUAAAACAAUGUUCGGGAAUCUGUAUGCCACAAAGUCCAUGACAACCGAUUUGCAGCUGAUUUUAAAUUAUCAUUCUUUUAGAACAUACUGAUUUUCAGGAUGAUCAGAAAUGUUAGCUUUCCUACUGCUUCAGUAAAUCCUUGGUGAAUCUGCUACCUUUGACAAGGCUCAUUUUAUGUCUUUCUGCUCUCUUAUUGGCAUCCUGAAUGAUAUCUAAGAACUUUCAAAUAUUCUGUACCACAGUUCUGUAUAGCCUUCUGGGUUUAGCUAUUUGAUUUGACUGACUUACAUUGAAUUUUCAUUAACAUACUUCAUGCUUCUGAACACUGUUGAUUUAGAAAAUGUCAUUGUCAGAUUCUAAAUUAUAGGUAUUUUGCUUUACAGUCUGCUGCUUUAAUAAUAAUGUACAUUAUACCAUUAUAUACAUGACAUGCUUUCUUAAUUAAAACCAAAGAAUAUAGAAGCAGUUUUGGAAAACAAGUUGGACAGAUUUUAUCAAACCAAAAUUAGUUUGUAUAUUUAUGUCUCUUGAACCAGUGGAAGAUGAUGCGGAAAGAUCACUAAUGUAUGAAAAUACAUUCUUGAGAGAUUGUAUGACCAACACUAAGUAAUUGACUAUAUUCAGUAUCCAAUUUGUUAACACUAUUAGUCAUAUACAGUCACCAAUUUGGUAGCAUUAGUAGCCAUUAUACAGUACCCAUUCCAUUCACUUGGAUUUUAAGAAACUCGAACCAUGAACCCCACACGUGUGAGGCCGAAGCUCUAUCGACUGGGCUAAGAGUAGUCUUAAUAAAGAAAAUUUCCAGAAGCAGUAUCCUGCUGCCAAAGUGGAAUAUUUUACUUUCCCUGACUACUACUGAAGCCCAGAGGAAUUAGUGAUCCAUGCCAAUGUCAUAUAUGGGCCGAGAGCAUGGAUCACUAAUUCCUCUGAGCUUCAGUAGUAAUCAGGGAAAGUCAAAAGGUCCAGUUUGGCAGAAGGAUGCUGCUUCUGGAAACUUUCCUUAUUAAGACUACUCAAUAGCUCAGUCAAUAGAGCUUCAGCCUCACACACUCAUGGGGUCCACGGUUCGAGUCUCCUAGAACCCAGAUGAGUUGAAUAUUUAUUUCCACAGAAGUGUAGAUGAGAAUUUAUACAAUACCCAAUUUGGUAAUAUUAUUAGCCAUAUACAGUACCCAAUUUGGGAACACUAUUAACCAUGUACAUUCACAAUUUGGUCACCUUUUCUGUAUUCAGUACUCAGUUUGGUCACAACAUCAACUGGUAGCCAAUUUUUUUUUCAGACUUGAGAAUAGACAAACAGAGUGCCACCAAAUAAAACCUCAACUCUUGUUGUCUAGGCUUCUUAAUUAUGAAAAUAAAUUAUAAGCUGAUUAGAGACGAUUUUUACUAUAGUGAACCUUGAACCCUGACUCAUCAUCAUGGUGUUCCUGGGUCACUGACUCAUCAUCAUGGUGUUCCUGGGUCACUGACUCAUCAUCAUGGUGUUCCUGGGUCACUGACUCAUCAUCAUGGUGUUCCUGGGUCACUGACUCAUCAUCAUGGUGUUCCUGGGUCACUGACUCAUCAUCAUGGUGUUCCUGGGUCACUGACUCAUCAUCAUGGUGUUCCUGGGUCACUGACUCAUCAUCAUGGUGUUCCUGGGUAACUGACUCAUCAUCAUAGUGUUCAAACCAAGAAUAAAUAUCAAUACCAGAGGUUGAUCUUACAUUUAAAAUCUUAUCCUACAAUGGUAACAAAAACUUUAGAAUACUGUAGACUAGUAUGUAUAGUUCAUCAUCCGAUUGCAUUCUCAGUGACAACUAAAUGUAAACUUUGUGUGACAUAUUCCCUUAAGCAAGGUGAUCUUGCCAUAUUAUCUGGGGAUUAAGCUUUAAGAGGGAAAAUUGAUCUAAGUCAAGCGUUAGAUAAUCUUACUGAUCUGGUGCUAUAUUCUUCAUCUUUAGUUUGUAAUGAUAGUUUAGUUUAGACCAUAGUUAAGACUGCAGUUAAGAUUAUAGUUAUAGUUAAGACUAUAGUUACAGUUAAGACCAUAAUUACAGUUAAGAUUGUAGUUACAGUUAAAACAAUAAUUACAGUUAAGACCCUAGUUUCAUUUAAGACUGUAGUUUCAGUUAAGAUUGUAGGUGUUUAAAUUAUGAUGUGUUUGUGGAUUUCAAAUGUUUAUUAAGAUGAAGUUGGUAAAAAUAAUAAAUAGUUUAUCACCUCUUUAUAUUUGGAUUCUAAUAUGCUAUGCAUCAUUCUAAAUGUAAAACUUUAAUAGAACAAGAAAAAUUACUUUUAUAUCUGUUAAGUUAAAAGUUUUGUGUAUGUGUGUAUGAAGCUGUUGUUAUCUACAAAAAUUAUCCAACAUUGUAAAUCCAUCAAGUACAGUAUAUAGUAAUCUGCCAAGAUGAUAAUAUUAGUACACAGAAUGAAUAUACAGUAUAUGUUUUAGGGUACAUCACACAUAAGACCGGGCUACAACACAGGAAAAUUGUUUAAUUUACUAGUUUUUCCUUCAAAAGUUUGAUUGGAUAAAGUACAGUAUUAACAAAGGGGUUUCAGGUUUUCAAGUAACAUUCCUAACCAAGAUCAAGGUCUUUUUUGAUGUUUUUGUUAUAUAGAAAGAGUGGUGAUCACUGCCAUAGUAUUUUGGUCAACACAUAUGUGUGGUAAGCGGUCUUGUCCUUGACCACCAGUGUUCUGGUCAACACACAUGAAUGACAAGUAGUCUUGCCGUUGACCUACAAAUAAGCUUUGCAUUGUCUGAUAGUAAAUUCAUGAUAGUUAAGGAGGAUAGGGGUUAUGUAGCAUAUACAUUGCUCAUAGUUUUCAAUAUGAAAUUCAAAAUUGUAAAAGAUACAAUAAAUUUAAAUAAACAUUUAAUUUACAAAACUACUGUAUUCAUAAACUGGUAUUUUAAAUUUUAAGUUCAUUCAUUAUGAUUAAAUGAUUAUUGUACAAAGAAAUGCAUUUGAAGAGAAGCACUGGAGGUAGAGCUCUUAUACUACAGUCAAAGCGCAGGGGGAUGAUGUGUGAAACUCCAACUGGGCUUCAGUGGAAGUCUCAGGACCUCUAGACGAUUCAGUUGAAUCCCAGGUUGCAUUGUGUUUAGCAAGUCAUCACCAAGUUGUUUAGGAUGUAUGCUUGAGAGUACCCAGUGUGCAGGUUAAAAUCCUCAUCAUGGCUUGUACCGAUUUUUUAAAUUAUCAUCAUCUUACAUGCAGACAAUGAGUCACAAUAAUAUUUCUGAAGAUAUGAGGGCCAAACUGCACAUCAGAAAGUGAAGAAACGACGAUGUUUUGAUCCGUCCUGGACCAUUAUCAAAUCGUGUAACAAUUUAAUUCUGAUGUGUGGUUUGGUCAUCAUUACCUUAUGCAGUACUGUAUUUCAAAAUUAUAUAUUUAAUAUGUAAAGACUUUAAUACAAUUAUAUAAAACUGCUUGGCUAACUCAAACUCCCUUAAUGUGGUUCAUUAAUUGAAUUAGAGAAAUACUAUUGAUAAAUAUGACAUACUAUACAAUAUUUAAUAUCUGAAUGCUUGAAUUUUAAUGCAUUUAUGUAGAAAGACGAUAUUGGUUUUCCAUGAAUUGGACACUUUUUUGGUAUAAAUAAAAAUCAAAUGGCCUUUUGGACCAACAAUGACAGUGAGGUGCCAAUCACCAACAAUAUUACAUUAUGAUAAAAACCAUGUGAAGAGCUUCUAGAAGUUCAAGUAACAUAUGGUGCGGCUCUCCACCACUAUGCAAUACACUACCAAUAAUGUGCUCAAGCAUGGUAUUAGCAUGAUAUUAUUGUGGACCCAACUUUGUACUAGUAUGCAGUGGAAGCCUAUAUUAUUGUAGAUCAGUCUCUACUAGUAUACUUGCAUACACACAUACAUAUAAAGGAAAACCAAUGUUACUAUAAUCUUGUGCUGGAGAGCAGUAAUGAAAUGACAGUGUUGUGUUGUUGUGAUGGUGAGUUGUGUGUGAUGUUUGCCCUUCAGGAAGCAGUUUGUAAUAUCAUACACCCUCAUAAACUGACUUAAACUUUGACAUAUACUCCUCAGUCUGUAUAAACCAAUAAUUUGCCUUUGUCCAAAAAUUCUUGCUUAAUACCACUGUAUCACAUAACCCAGACAAUUUUUAUAAACACAUGAAAGGCUGUGUAGUUGUACCUAUACAUUUAAUACAAUGCUUUCAAGCUGACUGGCAUUGUCAGUGAAGACCUGAUAAUUAAUAAAGACAAGAUCAAGUUGGCAUAGUUGGUGCAUAUCAUAUCUGCUGGGGCAUAGCCAGUGAAUGCCAGACCUUCUUGGCAUAGCUAAUGGAAAUUAUAUCAACGUAAGAGUCAGUGGUUGUCAGAUCUACUUAACUUAGGAGCGAUUCAAAUUCCACUCUCAAGCAAUUCAAAUUCUAAACUUGAUAUUACAUUCAUAAAUAUACUGUAAAUACGAAAUAUACAAUAUGCACAAUAAACAAAUAUUAUAUACAUACUAUUUUGUAUUUGUAUGUAGAGAUAUCAGAUUGGAUGCCAAAUAUUAACUAUAUAAUUAUUUCAAUUGCUUUAUAUCAGGUUUGUUUAAGAUUUCCAGAGCAGUUGGUCAUUUGUUACCAUUCAGAAUUGAAAAUGCAUAUGCAUAAAAACUAAUCAGCUUCAACUUGUUCAAAAUAAAGGCCAUUCCUUCUAGGAUUCUAAGGUGUGCAGAACUUUUAUUUAAGAAGUGUUCCGUCCAGCAUUGAAUACAAUGGCUUGUAGCUCUUCCAAUUGUAUUUCAGCUGUAUCAUGAUGCUGUAUCUUGCCUUUGCUAAUGAAUUUUUGUAUUUAA